UCAAGUACUGAAUCUACAACAGAGUCAAGUACUGAAUCUACAACAGAGUCAAGCACGGAAUCUACAACAGAGUCAAGCACGGAAUCUACAACAGAGUCAAGUACGGAAUCCAGUAUGGAAUCCAGUACGGAAUCCAGUACGGAAUCUGCCACAGAGCCAAGUGCUAAUUCGAGCACUGAGUCUUCCACGGAGUCAAAUACUGAGCCAAGUACUGAGGCGAGCUCUGAAUCGAGUACUGAGGCGAGCUCUGAAUCUAGUUCUGAAUCGAUCACUGAGUCUUACACAGAAUCAACUACUGAAUCUUCCACUGAAUCAAGUACUGAGCCAAGUGCUGAUGCGAGCACUGAGUCUUCCACGGAAUCAAGUAUUGAAUCCUCUUCGAAAACAAGUAUUGAAUCCUCUUCGGAAACAAGUACUGAAUUCUUCACUGAAUCCAGCGCUGAAUCUAUUAUUGAAUCUACAAUAGAGUCUAGUACUGUAUUUUUCACUGAUUCAGCUACGGAAUUGAGCACUGAAUCUGACAUAGAUUCAAUUGCUGGGUCUAACACUGAGCCGAACAUUGAAUCAAGUACUGAAUCUUCAACAGAAUCAAGUGCGAAAUCAAGCUCUGUGUGGAUCAAUGCAUCCAGCACUGAUUCGACCACUGAAUCAACAACUGUGUCAAGUACUGAAUCAACUACUGAAUCUACCAUGGAAUCAAACACUGAAUUCUACACAGUAUCAAGUACUAGUUCUACUACUGAAUCAACCACUGAAUCAACUACUGAAUCGACCACUGAAUCGACCACUGAAUCGAGUACCGAAACGACAACUGAGUCAAGCUCUAUUUCAACUACUGAGUCAAUCACUGAUUUAAGUACUGAUUUAAGUACUGAAUCAAGUACUGAAUCAACAUCUGAGUGGAGCACUAAAUCAACCACCGAAUUGAGUAAUCAAUCGAGUAUUGAAUCAACGUCCGAGGCAAAUACCGAGUCCAUGACAGAUGCUUUUACUACUUACACUACCAUUCAUAUUACCACGAACCCGGGUGGUGCAGAAGAAACCGAAUCGGGUAUAGUGAUUGUGACUACCGAUUCCGAUGGAUCCUUGACUACCAGUACUUCCUUAUAUCCCAACAAUGAAUCAAGCACAGCAUCAGGCAUUGUAGCUAGUACUGAAUACACCAUCGAGUCAGCCACUGAAUCAAUCACAGAUUCUACUACUGCGUCAAGUACUGAAUCCACCACUGAAUUGAGUACUGGCGUGAGCAUUGGCAUGAGCACUGGCGUGAGCACUGAAUCCGUCACUGAGGUGAGAUCUGAGUCCAACAUCGAUCCUUUCACUACUUAUGCUACUACCUACAAUACUAUGAACCCUGGUGGUGCUGAAGAAACGCAGUCAGGUUUAGUAAUUUUGACUACCGAUGCUGAUGGAUCCUUGAUUACUACUACUGCGUUAUAUCCCACUAAUAUUGAUCUAUUCACCACCUAUGUCACCACAUACACAACUUCGAACCCUGGUGGUUUAGAAGAAACACAGUCAGGUGUAGUGAUUGUGACAACUGAUUCUGAUGGAAUGUUGAGUGCUACUACUUCAUUAUAUCCUAAUGGCGGCUUUAAUCCUGUUGAUGUGGAAGAAAUGGAAUUGGGCAUAGUAUAUGUGACCACCGAUGCUGAUGGAUCCUUGAUUACUACUACUGCGUUAUAUCCCACUAAUAUUGAUCUAUUCACCACCUAUGUCACCACAUACACAACUUCGAACCCUGGUGGUUCAGAAGAAACACAGUCAGGUAUAGUGAUUGUGACAACUGAUUCUGAUGGAAUGUUGAGUGCUACUACUUCAUUAUAUCCUAAUGGCGGCUUUAAUCCUGUUGAUGUGGAAGAAAUGGAAUUGGGUAUAGUGUUUGUUAAUACUGACAAUGAUGGAUCUUUAACAACUACCACAUCAUUGUUUGAUCAUGGUGUGGAUUUUGCUGGGACCAAAACUACGGGAGUAUUGCAUAAAUCUACAGUGGGCGUUGGAAAUGGUGAUUUUGAUGUUUCUGAAGAAGCCGCUGUAGAAUUCGCUCCAAUGUAUGUUCAUACAAGUUUAGAAACUGUUACUAGUGAUACUCUGUAUACGUCUGGACACCCAAUUCUCUCUACAAUAGGUGAUUAUGUAGAUUUAGCAGUGAAGAAUUAUUCUGAGAAAUGGAAAAUGCUUACUUCAGUUGUUGUAUCACUAGUUCUUCUUGUUGUAUUUUAGAUUGAGAGAUUUUUUCAUAAUGAAAUGAUUCUGUUUUCCUGUUAUUCAUAUAUAAUUUUAAAAUACAAUAUAUUAUAUUCGUUCUACGUUCAAUUUGUUUUUUAUAACUGAUUUUCUUCGUACAUGUUGUAUUAAUAACUAUUGGUGUCUUAUUCUCUAACCAAGUACAUUGUAAACAACAUUUUUUACUAAG